CAUAAACUUGCUUAGUUGAUUUCGAAUUUUCGUUGCGGAUAGUGGAUUGUCGUUAAAAUAUACAUAUAUACAUGUCCACAUAUUUAGAUAUCACGAGCGAAUUGGAAUUUAUUGACAUAAUUAUGGAUUCGAAAAUAUAGUUGUAUAAAUCGCUUUUUCAUCGCUCUUUGUGAAUCGAAAGUUUCUCAUAUGUUUCAUAAGACAUUGCGGUAUAAUUGAGAACAUAAUGAACAGUAACAUUUCGCUGGACAAUACAUCUGAUCAGGACUAUUCAGAAUUUCUUAACGAGUAUUUAUUGCAAGCCAAUUCCCCUAGCAACGAGCCUGAAGUUAAUUACGAAGAUGGUGAAAUGGAGGCGGAAUGGUUGGUUUCUGCCGGAUACCCCGAAUUGACGAAGCCGUUUGAACAAGGACUGGAACUACGCACUACUGAACUUGAACAUGUACUCGCUACACUUUCAAAACCACAUGCUGACGUCAUUAAACAACGCGUUCGGGCUUUGAAUCAAACAGUACGCGGGCGCACAAAAAAUCGAUCUAAGCGAAAGCCUGAUAUUCGUGAUGUAUUUCGCGAUUUUGAUGAGUCUAGUACGGGCACACGCUCUCGAAGUGCAACACCAGACUCACUGGAUUCCAUACAAGGCGAGGAAGUUUGGGGCAACGCUUCUAUUCCCAGUUUUGUAAGUGUUUUUGAAAACAACAGUGGCAAUGACAUUGUUCAACCAUAUGUAGCAAAACAGUUAAAGCAGAAGUUACGACGGACACCAAGUGCGCCGCUUAAAAGUUCCACAUCUACAGAUUUAUUCCGUGGAUCGCACGUGCGCUGUGACAUACCUAUGCACUCAGCAGAUGGCGUCGAGUUACUUGGUUACUCGCGGAUUGGCACUAUACACUUACCACGAAAUCGAUCCGGUUCGGACCCAUCUUGCUCGGUUGGGCGCUCCCGUGGUCAGCUACUGCGAGACUCGCAAAGUGAAAACACAUCUUCCGGAGAUUCUAGCGACGAGUGCACCUUGAAUACGAAUAUCUCUUCAAAAAAAGUAAUAGACCAGGUGCAGGUGAAAUCUCUCAGUUUUCAAAAUUCACCGCUUUCGCGGGAAGGUCUAAGCUUCGAAAGUAUUUGUCGCGAUACCUCUAGUCCAGAUGGAGAAGAAUCAUUAGAUAGUCAUGAAGUUGAUUUAAAAUUUUGCUCAGAUAUCGAUUCGAUAAGUGAGCCCGAUCUUAAACGCCUUCAACCCAUUUUUUGGUUAGAGUUGGCCACAAUAUUCGAUCGCAACCAGGUGUCCUUAGAUAAACGAAAACCAUUUAAACGUCGUCGUAAAGAGGAGGGUAGUCUUUUUGGAGUAUCCCUAAAUGCUCUUAUACGUCGUGAUCAGCAAGUUACCGGUAAGGAUUCGACAUUAGUUCCACUGUUUUUAGAAAAUUUGCUUGCCGAACUGAUAAGACGUGGCGCCAGGGAAGAGGGUAUACUACGAAUAGCUGGACACAAAAAUAAGACUGAAAUACUUUACAACGAAUUAGAAUCAAGCUUUUAUCAAAAGCCAGGAAAAUAUUCACAACUUCUUGGCACUGCUACAGUUCAUGAACUUAGCGCUCUGCUUAAACGUUGGCUGCGGGAGCUUCCUCAGCCGUUGCUUACAAAUGAACUUAUUCAGCUAUUUUAUCAAUGUCACAAACUUCCAUCGAUGGAUCAAAAGAGAGCUUUAUCGAUUGUUUGCCAGCUGCUACCACACGAAAACCGAAACACCCUACGUUCGCUGCUACGAUUUUUAAAUUAUAUUACUGAACUUAAGGAUACAAACAAAAUGAAUCUACAUAACGUUUCCACGAUUAUUGCUCCAUCUUUCUUUCCGCCACGGUUUAUACAUCCGAUAGACAAAAAUAGUAUUGAAGAGCAAGUGAAGAUGGCAGCACAGUGCAGUCGAUUGACUAAUGUUUUAAUAAUGCGUGCCGAAAAACUUUUUCAGGUAGCGAAUAAUCUAAUUAUGGAAUCCAAGUGCAAGAAGGCACGAUUGGGGAAAAAAGGCAUGUCGCGGCGAGUAAAACCGGUUGUGUCAUUAGUACAUUCAAUGACACCAAACCCGUUACUUAUGGAGAACCACAUUAAAGACAAUAGCGGUAACAACACAAUUGAUUCAAGCGUUCUUGCCGAAAAGUCGAGCACUCAUAAUCACCUGCAUCGUUUUGUUGUCUAAGAUACAAAUACCUGGGUUUAAUGGGUGCGGAAUUUCUUGAAUGCAUUUAAUUCUAUAUAAAUACUUAUAUUUAUUUAAGUUUUGUAUUUAAAUAAGUUGCACACAAAUUUCAUUAAGCUUUAAAUAAAAUUAAAAAGGGUUAACAAUAUUAUUAAGAAUAAUAUUAAAAUGUUUUUUGAAGCCACUUUUAAGUCAAAUAUCCUGAUUUGUUACAAAAGAAAGGUAUAUAUGACAAUCAUUUGUACCCUAAAAGUAAGAACUGUAAUACAAAUUUUGAUUACUUUUUUUGUUAUUGUUACAUAUGUACAUAUACAUAUAACACGAUAAUUAACUUUUCGUACUUGGAAAAAUCCGCAAGGAGUAUUUUAUUUAUUUGUGGUGUGAUGUAAAGUUUUACUGGCAUGGAUAGGAAAAAAAACAAAACAUUAAUUUCAUAUCAGUUUUACUUUGCAGUACCUGUGGGUAUAUAUACAAACAUACAGUGCUACUUGUUUGUUUUGCCGUUCCUGCCAUCUUUAGAUGAUCGUCUCCCGUUACGCAUCUGGUAGUGCUUGCUAUAGUCUGCUCUUGUCUCGUAACGAUUCCCUUCCUCGCUCAUAUUUUAAAUCUUAAUCCUUCUACGUGGCCACUGCAACGACAUGCUCUAACAAAAACCUAUGUUGGACCGUUAUUUUUCAAGAAUUUACGUGCAGAAACUAUUUGGCAUUUAUUUUUUAAUGGAAUUUCCAAGUUUCAUUUCUGCCCAUAUAAAA